AAAAAGAAAAAAAAAAGGACGCAGAAGAAGAAGAGGAAGAACACCGACGUCAAACGUUCGGAUCACGCGGUUGCAGGGGCUGUUUAUUCCGUGCGAACGAAGGGACAGAACCGUCAACCAGAGCCGAGGGGAAACGUAUCGGGCCCCGUGUGUCCGAUCAACGGGAGCAGAUUCGAUCGUGUCAUCGUCAACGUACUGCACACACCGUAUUCCCGCACGACGCGAGACGAAGUUCCAAGAAAGAGAGUCUUCUUUCUUCCCGCAAUCACAGCCAAUUCCAACGGCCGCAGGCGGGCGGACGUACGAGGAAAACGGCUAUCACUUCUCGGUAACUUCGAAGGAAAAACGGACUCGACAGUCGUCACUUCUGACACUACUUCACUUCGUUGUACUAUCACCACGGUGUAAUGAUUACAACGGCAGACGACGGUUCGGGGAAAAAAGGAUGCAAAAGCACGGCCGGAAGUUAUGACGACUCGGCGAGGUACUACACUCGCGUACACGUCCGGCGCGCGAGGAUUCGAACAUGCUCCGAGCCUGGCGCGUCGCGAAGCGAAAUUAUUAAACGAAUGAAUGACAAAACGCGGAGUAAUUUGCGAGCAGCGAUUUAACAUACGGAAGGCUCGAAAGUUAAUUAGCGUAAGCGACUUUUUAUUAAAAACUGCUUGCAUCGUGGAAAUAUCUUUUUGUAGAGCUAUCCAAUCGAUAGAACAGUUUAACUAUUAUUUCUGAUAAUUUGUACAUAGUGAUGUCAUUUUAAUAAUAUAUUUUGACAGGUUUUAGUUAUUUAUAUUCUAAUAAUUAUAAUGACUAAACUGUACUGUUGAUUGAAGGGGUUGUUAUCAAGAAAGAAAGAUUCAAUUGUUCUUAAUCAAAAGUAACUUACACCAGAUUAUGAGCUUUUCAUAUAAUAUUAUGAAUAUUCUGUCACGUCUUCUGAUAUUUCAUUGUAAUUAGUUAGUAUUAACAGAGGAUAUUUAUAAAUAUUUAAUACUUUGAGUGCCAUGUGUAUUAAAUUUGGUGAACCUCAGUUGCACGCCGAAUAAAGUCUUUGCUUCAUGCUUUAACUUUUUCGUUAUUUUUGUAUAUUUUUAAUGUGAAUAAAG